GAGUGUUCUCAGCGCUCCGCUGCGUCAACUGUGGAGAGUAAUGAGAAGAGAUGGAUGACCAGGGCUGCCCGAGGUGUAAGACCACCAAAUACCGCAACCCGUCCCUGAAGCUGAUGGUGAACGUGUGCGGCCAUACCCUAUGUGAAAGCUGCGUUGAGCUCCUCUUUGUUCGUGGUUCCGGCACGUGUCAGGAAUGCAAUACCCCCCUCCGGAAAAGCAACUUUCGAGUUCAGCUCUUUGAAGACCCCACAAUUGAUAAGGAAGUGGAGAUUCGCAAAAAGAUCUUAAAAAUAUAUAAUAAACGUGAAGAAGAAUUUCCAUCUCUAGGAGAAUACAAUGAUUAUUUGGAAGAAAUUGAGGAAAUAGUAAUAAAUCUGACUAAUAAUGUGGAUCUGGACAACACCAAAAGAAAAGUUGAACAAUACCAAAAACAAAACAAGGACACAAUUCAAAGAAACAAGGUCAAAAUGACCAGGGAGCAGGAAGAGUUAGAGGAGGCUCUGGAAAUGGAGAAGCAGGAGAAUGAGCAGCGGAAGAUCCUUCUGCAGAAAGAAGAGCACCUCCAACAGAUGAUGAAAAGGAAGAACAAGCAGGAGCUGUUAGAUCAGCUGGAGACUUCUCACCUUCCUGCAUCCAUCCUCUUGGCUCAACACAAAGGCAAAAGCGCCCAGAUCGAAGUGCAGAUAGAGAAGUCAAAGCCAGCAGUCACAUUUUCUACUGGCAUCAAAAUGGGUCAGCAUAUUUCUUCUGUGCCAGUUCCAAGACUGCAAGAAGUUUUGUAUCGUUAUAAACCUAUUCACAUAGAAACAUACGGCCCAGCAGUCCCUGAAAUAGAAGUGCUGAGUAGAAUGGGGUAUCUAAACCAUGUACGGGCCGCUUCCCCACAGGAUCUCGCCGGAGGCUACACUUCCUCUCUUGCAUGCCAUAGGGCACUACAGGACGCUUUCAGUGGGCUGUUCUGGCUGCCACAUUAGCUGACACGCCGGACAGAACAGGACUCUGGCCCAGGACCAGUAUCUAACACAAGCAAAUCUGGUAAAAUUACUGCCAUCUGCACCAUACCGAAGUUGCUGUGCACUUUAAUAAAGACAGCUGUGUUUCCCGGGGAAUGUGUUGGUUUUUUUUUCUGCUCUUAUGGCACAGCCCAGAGCAACUGAAACAACAAGUCACGUCUGAUGGAAGCUAUGAAUAAUUCCAUUUAUAUCAUGGGGAUUUCUCUUAAGAAGGUGUACAUUUUCAGUUUAUUUUUCAAUAAAGCCAAGUUUUAUUAGU